GUUUCAGGAAGUGGAUUCAAGACAGCACCAAAAAAAUGCAGCUGGCUAAUCAUCAUAAAUAGAGCGAUACGUGAUGCUGGAGCAGCAACAUGAAAACAAUGCGACGCAUGACCGUGUUGUAAACAUAUGAAGUUCUUUAAGUCCUUUAAGAACACUCAGCAAAUUGAAUUUCAUUCAGACUUCUGGUAAGCGUUGAAAUUUUCAAACCACUCCAAUGUCUUCUGGCUGUCCACCCCAGUCACCUGCUGUGGCAAAGUCUGAAGUACCAGUCGAGGGUGAAUGUCCCUUGCUGGCUGCCACCUUUGCCUAUUGGGACAACAUCCUGGGUCCACGGGUGCGCUACAUCUGGGCACCAAAGGGAGACCAGCUGAUGUUCCUCAGUGAUGGAGAGGUCACCUUUUUGGCCAAUCAUACCCUCAAUGGGGAGAUUCUGCGUAGUGCAGAAUGUGGCGCCGUGGAUGUGAAGUUCUUUGUCCUGGCAGAAAAAGGAGUCAUCAUUGUGUCUCUCAUUUUUGACGGUGAGCUAAAGGGGGACAAGAAUACAUGUGCCUUGUCUAUUAUCCUGCCCCAGACAGAGCUGGCCUUCUACCUGCCUCUGCACACCAUCUGUGUCGAGAGGCUAAAACACGUCAUCCGCAAGGGGCGCAUUUGGAUGCAGAAGGGCUACAACAUCAUCUCAGUGUUAAGCCUGGAGAUAAUCCCAAUCAUGGAGCUGUUGGCCUCUAUGAAGUCACACAGUGUGCAAGAAGAUAUAGAUAUAAAAGACACCGUGCUGAAUGAUGAUGACAUCGGGGACAGCUGCCAUGAGGAUUUCCUCCACAAGGCCAUCAGCUCUCAUCUGCAGACUUGUGGCUGUUCAAUAGUCGUGGGAAGCAAUCCAGAGAAAGUAAAUAAGAUUGUGCGAACCCUCUGCCUCUUCCUCACUCCUGCAGAGAGGAAGUGCUCCCGCCUCUGUAAGGCUGACUCUUCUUUCAAAUACGACACAGGCCUAUUUGUCCAGGGUCUGCUAAAGGAUUCCACAGGCAGCUUUGUCCUGCCCUUCCGUCAGGUUCUCUACUCACCAUAUCCAACCACUCACAUUGACGUCGACAUCAACACCGUGAAGCAGAUGCCGCCGUGCCACGAGCACACGUUCAACCAGAGGCGCUACAUGCGCUCAGAGCUGAGUGCGCUCUGGAAGACCGACAGCGAGGAGGACAUACCUCCAGACACGGUCAUUUACACGGAUGAAACCUUCACACCUGACCUUAAUAUUUUUCAGGACGUCAUGCACAAAGACACCUUGGUGAAGUCAUUUAUAGAUGAGGUGUUUAUGCUGAAGCCGGGUCUGUCCCUGCGGAGCACCUAUCUGGCCCAGUUUCUGCUGCUGCUCCACAGGAAGGCCCUCACACUGCUCAAGUACAUCGAGGACGAAACGCAAAAGGGGAAGAAGCCGUUUCGAUCUUUGCGGAGCUUGAAGACGGACCUGGAUCUGACGGUGGAAGGAGACCUGAACAUUGUGAUGGCCUUUGCUGAGAAGCUGAGGGCAGGACUGCACUCGUUUGUGUUUGGGAAACCAUUCUACACCAGCAUGCAGGAGCGAGACAUCCUCAUGACCUUGUGACUCUUAAUGUUUACCUGCACUUUAUUUAUUGGAUGGUCAGUGAAAACACAUGUUUCUGUGCCAUUGUUUUCUCUGUGUGUGCGUGUGUGUGUGUGUGUGUGUGUGUUCUCUUGUUACAUGAAGGCAUGAAUAUUUAGUUCUGCUGUGCUGGAAUGAAAACCUUUUGUGUCUUGAUCAAUACAAGGCAUGAUUUUUAUUAACAAAAUGGUUGUUACUGCUGUUAUGAGCCAUUAGAAUUAAAGUUUUGAUAUAUUGCCUUGAUCAUGAUGUAAGUUUAUUGUUUUAGAAGUUAAUUAUUCUCUACUGCUGGAUGAAUUAUUCAUGUACACUGCCUCCCGCUAACAAAGGCUCUGUGUUCAUUUAUGGUGUUAAAAGUGUCCCAGGUACCCACCAGUACAUUUACAAUUUAAUUUAAUUUGUAUGUAGAAGAAAUAGAAGUUAUUAACUUCCAUUACUGCCUAGUAUUGCGUGGACCUUUGAAACUUCUGAACUUGUGGCUUGGCAUUUUUCAAACAUCUGAUGAGUGACAAUGUGUCCAGAAUGUGAACAAUUCAGAUGCAAUAAAAUGUUAAAAAUGUUUUUGUCUAAUACAGGACAAUUUCAUAAAAAUAAAUAAAUAAAAAAUACGCACAAAGGCACUGCAAAUGAAAUCUGACCUCAAAAGAUCCUCUUGUUACAGUUAUUAGAUUUGUACAACAUUCAUGCACAAAUGUGUUCUUGUUACUUCCACCGUUCUUUUUUGCAUUUCUGAUGCAGUCACUUUGUUUUAACAGUUUCAACAUACAAACGUAAACACUGUGUUCAGUCCAUUUGUGAUCAGUAAUCCACAAAUAAGUCUGUGUAGAAACUGUUUUAACUGCUGUAUUAAACAUUUUUGUUUAACAAA